AUGAUUGCAGACAACGUAGGAUCAGUCUUGCUUACAGCUGCCACAAUAGCGAUACUCCUGCGCAUUAUCAGCAAUGCUGUGCGCAAGUUCAAGCAAUCCUCCAAAGCGAGAGCACUUGGCUGUCAGCCAGCCUCAAUAGAACCAGCACAAUGGCCCUUGGGCAUCGACACGAUCAGAAACAUGAUGAAGGCGGAUCGAGAACAACGAACGCCUGAUUUUAUGGUCGAACGCUUCAAUAGAAUGGGCAGAUAUACCUUCCUUGUGCAAGUGCUGGGACAGUCGAACAUACUCACAGCGGACCCGGAGAACAUCAAAGCAAUACUCGCUACGCAGUUCGCGGACUUCCGUAUGGGCCGAGUGAGAGAGACAAAUUUGAAAUUGGUACUUGGCAGAAGCAUCUUUACUGUAGAUGGUGACGCAUGGCACAGCUCCAGAGAGAUGGUCCGGCCAAUCUUCUCACGCGAAAACGUGUCGGAUCUUGCCUUGCUGGAGAGACACUUGAAGGUGAUGUUCAAGUGCAUGCCCGUGAAUUCGGAUGGCUGGACCAAGCCUGUCAGUCUGGCCACGCUCUUUCCUUGCUUGACGAUCGAUUCUGCAACAGAGUUAUUCCUGGGAAAAAGCACAAACUCACUGGACGCCCGGCUUGCAGGUCGAGACGGAGGCAAAGACUUCCACUGGGCAUUCGAACGAGUCCAGCAGAUCUUGGGAAUCCGCAUCCGACUGCAGGGCCUGUAUUGGCUAUAUGGCAACCGAGAGAUUAAGGAGAUUGUCCAGAUUUUGAAUGACUUCUGCGAUCGAGCCAUGGACGAAGCGGAUUACAAAAAUCGCCAAGCCGAUGGCAAGAACUAUGAUUAUCUUGACGUGCUCCGUUCUCGCGCAGCCGAUCCUUCGGAAGUUCGCGAGCAAGUCUUGGGAUUACUCGCCGCCGGCCGAGACACGACAGCAUCAUUCCUGAGCUGGGUAUUCUACUGCCUGAUACGAAACGACCGCGUGUUCCACAAGCUCCGUAGAAUCAUACUGGACACGUUCGGGCCAGACGGUUUCGACGAGGCAAACAUCACCUUUGAGAAGCUCAAAGGCUGCUCAUACUUGCAGCACGUCAUGAAUGAAACUCUACGACUACACUCCAUUGUCCCCUUCAACGGACGCACUGCCAUCCGCGACACCACCCUCCCCACCGGCGGCGGACCGGACGGCACAGCACCCAUCUUCAUCCCCGCCGGGGGCGAAGUCCGCUUUAGUACUCACGUCCUCCAUCGAAGACACGACCUCUGGGGCCCCGACGCCGACGACUUUGUCCCCGAACGGUGGGAGAAGAAGCGUCCCGGAUGGAGCUAUGCGCCUUUUAAUGGCGGUCCGAGAAUUUGUAUUGGUCAGCAGUUUGCCUUGACGGAGGCGGGACAUGUGAUUGUACGCAUGUUGCAGAAAUUUGAUGCCAUUGAGGGGCUCGAUGUUGAUCCUCUGAGGGAUUAUCAUAAUUUUACCCUGGUGUGUGGGCCUGGGCCGGGACAUGAGGGUGUUUUGUGUCGGUUGAGAGAUGCGACUGCGAGGAAGGGGGAGUAG